CAGUGGCCCACCUGGCUGCUCUUGGGACCAUCACAAUGAAGGGUGUGGGGGACAGUAUGGGGGCAGGACCUCAUAGCCCCACUGUGAGCUAAUUGGGAAUCUUUAGGGUGCCAACACGAGUCACAGCUCACAUGGGCCCCCUACGGAUGAAGGCAACAACCCCUUGAACAUCAGGACUGGGCUGAGAUCAACAUCCUGAGGCAUGGCUCUGACACUCUGAUUCCUGGGCCCCAGCCAUGCUGCUAAGUGCGAGUGGCCCAGACUACCACAUCCCCCAUCCUCAGUAGCAGCCCCAGACACUGCCCAUCAAGCAGAAGGCUCUAGACUGCAGUAACCGAGUUGGUCAUCGGUGCUGGGAGUGAGGCCAUUACUUCUCCAGAGACCUCCGCUGGUUCUCUGUUGCCUACAGGAUAAAAUCCAGACUCCACAGUGAGGCCCCAGAACCCUCAUCGAGUCCACUAAGCAACUUGAUUCUUCAAGCAUGACCUGUAUCUCCAUGCCACUGUAUCAUUUCUUCAGGCCUCCAGGAUGGCCAUCCAGUUCCGUUCACUUUUCCCCUUGGCAUUGCCUGGAAUGUUAGCACUCCUCGGCUGGUGGUGGUUUUUCUCUCGUAAAAAGCAUGUCAGCAGCCAGGACAGACAGGUGGAGGCCAGCACUGUGGAGCUGAGGGCUGGCCACGCCAUCAAAGAGCCACUCCCCAUGGAGGACCCCCGUCCUGGAGUAGCAUCCACGCCCCCCAGCGUUGCGCUGCCCGCGGAAAAAGAGCUGUCCACCUUGAGUAAGCCUCCCGCCGAGCCCCCAGCCUUGCUGCGGGCACAUCCAGCCUGUCGCAGGUCAGAGUCCUCAGGCAGCCUUCCUAACAGCACAGACGUGAGAUUUCGACCGGGAACACGCAGAGAUGACAGUACAAAGGUGGAACUAGCCCUGACGGGUGAUGAAGAAGCCAAGUCCAUUCCUCCUGAGUGUCCCCUUCUGACCCCAAAAGGUGUUCCUUUCCCCCACGAAGCGGCCGAGGUGUGCAAGCAAGAGUCCCCGUUCAGUGGGCCGGCAGGGCGGGGCGGGCAGGGCCAGGCUGCGGCCCCCCAAGAGAAGCCAAGAGAGACGGGUGGGGCGGAAGGCACUGGCGACGCGGUGUCAGCAGAAAAUGUGCCAGAAGAGAGUGUGUUGUGCCAGGAGCCUGGCUCUGAAUCCCAGACCAGCAAGUUGCCUACCCUGGCUCCCUUGGGAGGUGCCGGGGAGAAGGGGAAGGGCCGCCCGCCACAGGCCGAGGAGGACGCAGCAGGGCAGCUGCUGAGCAGCCUCGUGGGGUCGGCUCACGUGGAGCUGACGGAGGACGGCGAGCCGCCGGUGCCUCCGGCCAGUGGCACAGCCUGUGAUGCACACCGCACAGGAGAGCCGGGCACAGGGGGCGCUGCGGAGCAGAAUGAGAAGAUUGAGCAGGCUGCCUACCAGAUCAUCUCCAAAGUGAUCUUGGAGGCGACCGAGGAGGUGCUGGCCACCACCAUGGGCAGGAUCGCAGGUCGGGUGUAUCAGGCUUCGGCCGGGCAGCUGCACGGGCAGAAGGAGGAGAGCCGCGCCCCAGCCUGCCAGAAAACCGCCCCAGGGCGAGAGGCCGAGGAGCCGGCUCCAGCCGCCGUGGAGGCAGAGGCGGCCUCGCGCGUGUCCGUGUCAGAGUCAGAUGCCGCCCUCCUGUUGCCAGGCCCGCCCGCGGAGGACCUGCCACCACCAAAGACCUACGCGAGCUGCCUGAGCAGCCCUCUGUCCAGCCCCAGCAAGGACAAGAAGCCAAAGAACUCUGCACACCACAUCUCCCUGGCCCCCUGCCCACUGCCCGCUGUCCCCCAGGGGGAGUUGCUAGAUGGGGCACGUGUCCUGGUGGAAGAUACCGGAUGUGUCACCUGCACCUCUGACAGCAGCCAGAAUGUCCCUUCAGUGGUCUCUGAGCAGUGCUCAGAUUCCAUCAGCGCUUCAGGGCUUGAAGACUUGUGCACGGACACCAACUCAAGCCCCAGGGACAAGGCCAUCACCCCGCUGCUGCCAGAAAGUACUGUGCCCUUCAGCAAUGGGGUGCUGAAGGGGGAGCUAUCUGACUUGGGGAAUGAGGAUGGAUGGACCGCGGAUGCGGAAGCAGAUCAUUCGGGAGGAUCGGACAGGAACAGCAUGGAUUCAGUGGAUGGUUGCUGUGGCCCCAGGAAGACUGACGGUUUCCAGAACGCCCAAGCGGGCUCCAGUCCUAAGAAGGUCGACCUCAUCAUCUGGGAGAUCGAGGUGCCAAAGCACUUAGUUGGUCGGCUAAUUGGCAAGCAGGGGCGGUAUGUGAGUUUUUUGAAGCAAACGUCUGGUGCCAAGAUCUACAUCUCAACCCUGCCUUAUACCCAGAACAUCCAGAUCUGCCACAUAGAAGGCUCUCAGCAUCAUGUAGACAAGGCGCUGAACCUGAUUGGAAAGAAGUUCAAGGAAUUGAACCUCACCAAUAUCUACGCUCCCCCACUGCCGUCACUGGCACUGCCUUCUCUUCCGAUGACUUCCUGGCUCAUGCUCCCUGAUGGCAUCACUGUGGAGGUGAUCGUGGUCAACCAGGUCAACGCUGGGCACUUGUUCGUGCAGCAGCACACGCACCCCACCUUCCAUGCACUGCGGAGCCUGGACCAGCAGAUGUACCUGUGCUAUUCCCAGCCCGGGAUCCCCACCUUGCCCACCCCGGUGGAAAUCACGGUCAUCUGUGCUGCCCCCGGCGUGGACGGUGCCUGGUGGAGAGCCCAAGUGGUGGCCUCCUACGAGGAAAGCAAUGAAGUGGAGAUCCGCUACGUGGACUACGGUGGAUAUAAGAGAGUGAAAGUGGAUGCGCUCCGGCAGAUCCGGUCCGACUUUGUGACCCUGCCGUUCCAGGGAGCAGAGGUCCUUCUGGACAGCGUGAUGCCCUUGUCAGACGAUGACCACUUCUCACCUGAGGCCGAUGCGGCUAUGAGCGAGAUGACGGGAAACACGGCACUGCUGGCUCAGGUGACAAGUUACAGUCCGACUGGCCUUCCUCUGAUUCAGCUAUGGAGUGUGGUUGGAAAUGAAGCGGUGUUGAUAAACCGGUCGCUGGUGGAGCGAGGACUUGCUCAGUGGGUAGACAGCUACUACGCAAGCCUCUGACCCCCGCCCCCCACGGCCUCGUCGGAGUCUCUUGCACUGGUGACGCUGGGCUUGGCGCUAAGGCAAAGACUUUACAUCAGAAUAACAAAUGUUAUCUUCCCCGGAAAGUUCUCUUUUUUUUGUACUGUAGUCACGUUGACAAGGAGGGAACCAUGGGUUCUUUCAAAGCCAUAGGAUGGUGUUGAACGAGCCAGUCGGCUUAACCUGGUUCCAAGCCUUUACAAACAGAACAAAACGAGACAAAAAGCCGAAGUAGAAAGGGUGGCAGCCGGGCUGUCCUCCACCACCUGCACUCCGCCGUCCCCCCCCCCUCUGCAAGACCGAACCACCGCAGCCACCGGCCGAGGGAUGUGCUGCUUGCUUCAGAGGGUUUCUUUUACUUCAUUCAGAAUCUUUCUUCAGGGAGCAAGACAUGAAAUCACUAAUCAGCAUUGAUUACUUGUACAGCUGUCGUAAAUGAAUUUAUGAUGUUUAACCAGUUUUUAUAAACUUCAUCUAGGUCUCUCAGAAGGCAGACUUUUUAAUGCAUAUGUAAAUACGAAGCAGUCAUACCUCUGGCCUUGGUCCCUGGGGGAGGGAAGCUGUUAUCUUGCCAAGCCUGGUUGUAAUUUGUAACCAUUUUCUAUUUGUGCAAACUCUGUAAAUAUAUGUUUAAAAAAAUGUAAUAUUUUGUAUAAGAUACACUGGAGAACAAAGGGAACUCAAGAUUUUUCCACACCCACAUCAUCUGUGAGCAGAAGUUCCUUCUGCGGACUACAGCCACCUGCCUGGGUCAGCUCCUCAGGUGGCUUCCUGGGUGCUGGCUGGACAGGGUGACUGUGUGCUAUAGAUUGUGAUUGGGGCUUUUUUUUUUUUCUUUUUUUUUUUUUCUUCCCUGUACAAAUUUGUUAAAAAAAAAAACAAGAAAAAAAAAACAUUGAAUUACCUUA